CAGGUUUAAUUUUUUUUUUGGAAAUCAAGUUCAAUAUUAAAAAGAAAAAGCACACAUUAUUGGAAGCCAUUUCUACUAAUUCCGAUAUAUUUUAACUUGUGAUGAUUUGAUUUGAAUACUGUCAUGGGAGGAGCUGUGAGUGCUGGGGAAGAUAAUGAUGACUUAAUUGAUAACCUUAAAGAAGCCCAGUACAUCCGCACUGAAAGAGUAGAGCAAGCCUUCAGAGCCAUUGACCGUGGAGAUUACUAUCUGGAAGGCUACAGAGACAAUGCUUACAAAGACUUAGCCUGGAAGCACGGGAACAUACACUUGUCAGCACCUUGCAUUUAUUCCGAAGUUAUGGAAGCUUUGAAACUUCAACCAGGAUUAUCUUUUCUUAACCUGGGAAGUGGAACCGGAUAUUUAAGUACAAUGGUGGGCUUAAUUUUAGGACCUUUUGGAAUAAAUCAUGGAAUUGAACUUCAUUCAGAUGUGGUGGAAUAUGCCAAGGAAAAACUGGAGAGCUUCAUCAAAAAUAGCGAUAGCUUUGAUAAAUUUGAAUUCUGUGAACCUGCAUUUGUGGUGGGUAAUUGCCUUCAGAUAGCUUCUGACAGUCAUCAGUAUGAUCGAAUUUACUGUGGAGCUGGAGUCCAGAAAGAUCAUGAAAACUACAUGAAGAUCUUGCUCAAAGUUGGGGGAAUACUGGUCAUGCCUAUAGAGGAUCAGUUGACACAGAUUAUGCGGACUGGACAAAACACUUGGGAAAGUAAAAAUAUCCUUGCUGUUUCCUUUGCACCACUUGUACAACCUAGUAAGAAUGAUAAUGGCACACCGGAUUCUGUAGGGCUCCCCCCAUGUGCUGUCAGGAAUCUCCAAGACUUGGCUCGUAUUUAUAUUCGACGCACACUUAGAAACUUCAUAAAUGAUGAGAUGCAGGCCAAGGGAAUUCCGCAAAGGGCUCCACCCAAGAGGAAAAGAAAGAGAGUUAAACAAAGAAUUAACACUUAUGUAUUUGUGGGUAAUCAGCUUAUUCCUCAGCCUCUAGACAGUGAAGAGGAUGAAAAAAUGGAAGAAGACAGCAAAGAAGAAGAAGAGAAAGAUCAUAGUGAAACCAUAAAGCAUGAGGAGCCACCUCAGAACUUACUGAGGGAAAAGAUCAUGAAGCUGCCACUCCCUGAGUCUUUAAAAGCUUACUUGACAUAUUUUAGAGACAAAUAACUUAAAAUGAGGAAGAAUGCCUACUGAUAAUUCCCUUGCUCUUGUAAAUGUAGUGUUUAUUAGGAGUUAGAGAAUUAUUCCAUUAGAAUGAAUUAUUGCAGAAAAAACUUAAGUUAUUUCUCUUAAUGACAGAAAUGAUGUAUUCAGUGAUUUAAAAGAGUCUGUUUCCUAAUCUAUUUUUCUUAAAUCUUGAGGAAAUGCUGGUUUAGCUUAGUGAUCUCAAAGUGAAAUCCAUCAGUAGUCAGGACUUUGUGUACAGUGAUGCCCUUCUUGUUUUUCACGGAUUUUUAGUGUUGAGUGUUGGGUUUCAUUCUAUAAGAGGUUGAUAGAGUCUCACACAUAUAUAGGCUUAUUUAAAUUGCAGUUUGCAUUUCUUUUGUAAGUUCACUUAUCUAAUAAGGAAAGCAAAUGCUUGUAGAUCUGCUUACCUUACUUUUGUUGUAGACAUAUUCCAGGCAACAUCUCAGUGCAAUAAUAAUACAAGAUAUUCAGUAAUUUAGCUUUAAAAACUUCAGACUUCAUGAAAUUUUACAGGCCUGAAACAUUGCUUUUUGAAUCUGUUGCCAAAAGAUACAGGAAAAAUUCCUGCUUCUCUCAUAGAGAUUUUAAGAGUACAGCAAGUAAAUAUUAAAGUAGGAAAUGACUACUUAAUACAGCUAGUUUGGGUGGGCCCCUUGUGUUCUCAGUAUUUACUGAUACUCUAGAAUUCUAAAAGGUAGUAUAUUAGGGUUUGUUUUUUUUUUUUGUAAUUAUAAAGUAUUAGAUUUGAGAAGAUUUCUAUUGUCUCAUUUGCCUCUGAAUGCAGACAUUAAGUCACAUUAAGUGACUCACUUAUUAGGUACCUUCAGUAACAGGGGGAAUGAUGUAGUCUGCUGAAGCACUUAUGGGACUUAGUUAUGUGGAUAUUUGUCUUUAACAAGGUAGACCAUACUCACCUUUUCUGUUUUGAAUCUUUCUAGUAUAAAUAGUCAUGGAAGUUGUAUGUAGAUGCCUUUGUGUUUAAAAUUUGGUUCAGAAUCAUAGUGGGAUCUCUGACCCACACCAAGCUCAUUUCCUCCCUUCUGUGUUUUGUUUCUCUGCUAAAAAGGUUAAAGGUUUUCAUUUUUUGCUUACUGUUACAUUCUUAACCUAUGUAGGAUAUCAGUGCUAAAACAGGCAGUGCAUGUUGUUACUACUUGUUCUUUCCUCAUAAGGUUUGCACCCAGUUCUUCCUUGUUAAGAUGUGAGAUGUGACCUACUUACUACUUAAUAUCAUACAGAUUAUGUGUUUUUAAAGGGAAGAUUUCAAAUGUCUCACUUAUUCUCAACAUUAUCACUGUCAGAGCAGCCACUCAGAUUUGCCAAAGGAAACACAAUCAUGGUGAUUCAAAUAGUUAAAUAACUCAGCUCCAAUAACUCUGCAUACAUGAAUCAGUUAAAAUAUUUCAAACUCGAAAUUGACCCAAAUAAUUGAUUGUUUUAGUAAUGUGAGAGACAGUGUUAUAGAAGAAAUUCAUUUGGCUCUUGGCGGAAUGGGUAUGUCCAGUUUUUCUUAACACAAUUAGCAAGCUAUUACUAAGAAAUAAUCCUCUCUAAUUUCUAUCCAGAAAAGGAAAAAGACAUCCCCCCUGAAGUGGUACCGGGAAUUAACCCAGGACUAGGACCUAAGGCAUGCUAGGCAAGCACUCUGUGACUGAGAUUUAUCCCCAGACCAACAAACUUUUAUGUUUAAAAUUUUGUUCUAAAAGUUUAAUCUUGAAUUUCUGAUACACAUGUAGUUUUAUGUGGGAAAAAUUUUUAAUCUUCCCAUCCUAUCACCUACAUCUCUUUUUUUUCCUUCGAGCUCAUGUACAGAUACCUGAAAAUCCAUGUUCUUCAAUAUUAUUAUUUAGGAAAGUGAUGUUAAGGAUAUAUUUGAAGAUGGCUAUUUUUAUGCUGUCUUCUCUUGACUUUGAUAAAUUCUUCAGUAGAUUGUCUUGACCAUUGCAUUUUUUGUUUUUGAAAUGUAUAUUUUAUCCUUUUAAAUUCAUUUAUUUUUCAGGUGUGACUUUAUGGUUGGCUUUUAAAGGUAGGAAUACAUGAAUAUUUAAGGAAAGCAGGCUUAUCUAUUGACUUAAUCCAUUAGAUUAAGAAUAUUUGGGUUUGUGCUUAUUUUUAAUGAAAUAUUUAUUUGAGUGUGGAAAGUUAUGCUUUAUAGGUAAAGAAGUAGCAAAUACAGAUGAAAUAAAAGUAAAUGAAAGAAAAAGCUAAAAAGAAAGAAACAAAAAUUUGAGUGGAAGUAAGCCAUACGUGAAUGGUUCACACCUAGAAUAGCACUUGAGGUCAAGGCAAGAGGAAUACCUCAGACUUGAGGCCAUCAGGGGUUACAGAGGAAAAACAAGUUUUUUCUUCAAAGAGCAAAAACAGAGUAUAUGAAAAUGAUGGGGAAUAGUCUUAUGGACUUACAUACAGACACAAGUAUGUUUAUAUUUAUCUUUUGAAGACAACAAAGAGGCCUUGAGUGAAGGUGUAUGCAGCUAAAGUCUUGCAGCAGGUUGAAGACAGGACCUGAAGGAGCAGCCACAAUCACCAAAAUCCCAAGAAUCCAGCAAGGACACUGUAGCUACCAAGGGUCUAAUUGAACUGUGUACUACUCACUGGUCAACAUCCUGGACUCUGAUAUUAAUAAAUAGCAUACAUGGUUAAAAUAAAAUAUAAAAAUGUGUUGAUUGAGGUGAAAGUAAAAGUGUGAUAAAUUGUUGGACAAAUUGGGAAAUCAUUUUAAAUAAACAAAUCACAUCAUUACACAGUGUUAUGCAGUGGCCUGCCUU